UACAUUAUUUUUGCAGUGGUUCGAAGAAGAGGUGCAGAUGGCCGGAUUCCAGUCCGCACGUUAGACCGGGGUGCAUCUUCAUCUGCAGCUGCAGCUGAGCCGACUGGAUAUCCAGGAGGGCCGUACGAUACAUCGCUUUUGGUGAAGUACGAGCAUCAUGUUGCUCGACAUAUAUGGUUCGGUGAGGAAAGAGGACCAAAGAAAGAGUUGAAGGUUGCCGGACAUGGACUGAAGUUGAAUUCUAGGGUUCCAUUGGCUCUUCCACCACAGAUGGAGAGUUGGGUAUCUAGAUCCGGUUUAGCUUCACUGCAGAGAACGAGUCUGAACAAGAUAAACACAAAUCUUGUCUCUGCAUUUGUGGAAAGAUGGCAUCUAGAGACAUCUUCAUUUCACAUGCCGUUUGGUGAAAUGAGCAUUACUUUAGAUGAUGUCGCAUGUCUACUUCACUUGCCCAUUAGGGGUAUCUUUUGGAGUCCUCAGGAUGUGACUGAAGAGCUAGCUGUUGAACUUGCUGUGGACUACCUAGGAGUGUCACAGAGUCAGGCACAGUCACAUGUUCGGAGCUGCAGGGGGUCGUAUUACAAGUUGGAGUGGUUAUAUGAUAUAUUCGUUUUUGCAGAAUUCAAGUAG